AUGUCGGCAAAGCUGCAGGAGCGUGGGUUGGAAACGUGCAGGGACAUCCAGUCUUUGGAGCAGGGACGACUGCGUGAGUGGUUUGGCGCCAAGGGCGAGACACUUUGGCUCAACGCGCAGGGCCUUGACCAGGCGAACGCUCUCAGCUCUGCACCGGCACAAAGGAAGUCCGUCAGCGCAGAGAUGAACUGGGGAAUUCGAUGCCAAGAUCGGGCUGCUGCCGUCAAGAUCCUGUCAGAGGUCUCGCAACAGCUUUCCGAGCGUCUCCUUGCCUGCGAUUUGCGUGCCAUUCAUCUGACCUUGAAGCUCAAGCUUGCCGUGCCCGGUUGGGUGGAGCCGAUCAAGAGAGGUGGCCAUGGCCAGUGCGACGAUGUGAGUCGCUCUGCGCCCCUUCCUGAUGCAAGCAACGAGCCUGCCCUGCUCCUCAGGACUGCACAACAGCUCUUUGACGCCUUGUCUCCAGAUCCGGUUAGGCUGCGUGGAGUUGGGCUUGCCGUCAAACUUGGCACCGCUAGCUCAAGCUCACGCAGCCCUCAGAAGGCUGCUGUGGGCACCUCGAGCUUGACCAGGUGGUUGAAGCGUGGAUCGACAGAGAGCAGCUUGGAGAAGGCGGCAGAAGCCCCCACUGCAGCCUUUGCAGACUCGCACAUUGUCGUGGACCUGGAAGGCUCCGAGCAGGUGCAGGAGCCGGACAGCAGAAACCAGGUGGAGUGCCCCGUGUGCUCCAAGCUCCUGAACAAGGACGAGGCAGACGCUCACGUGAACGCGCACUUCGAGGGUGGAUCAGCAGAACCGCCUGAGAAGCGCUUGCGCCUUGCAGUUGUGGCUGGUGAUGACAGCGAGUGCGAGCUGGUGGAGUGA